AUGACCCUUCUUCCUAACUAUCUAUAUGACUAUGUAUUCAGUUGCAUAUUGGAAUAUCUUUAUAGAAAACCAUCAAUUCCCUCAUCCCGUGACUUUAGUAUUUGUAUAAAUAAUAAUGAAGUUAUUGGUUAUGCAACAAUCAAUAAAUCAUUGUAUAAUAUUAUUUCAUCAAUUCUAAAAAAACUUUUAAAUUUUAGUAGUUUCAAGUUAUUAAGAAACUUAAUAGAUUAUAAAAACCCAACACUACAAGAAUUUGGUAAAUUAAUACCACUCAAAGAUUCAGUCGCAGUUUAUUCGUCAUAUGAUAUUACGAACAAAAAUAUUGAUACUAGUGUUUAUAAAAAAAUUUUGAUUGAAGUAUCUUAUCCUGACUUUGAAUGCCCACAAAAUGCAAGGCUUAAUAUUAUUUUUAGGCAGAAUCCGAACUUUGAUUUAAAAAGUCUUGUAACCAAUUUCAAAAAUGAAAAUAUAAGGAAGGUAUCAAUGCAUGGUAAUAACUUUACAAAAGAAGAAAAAAAAGCAUUAGUUGAUAUUGCAACAAAAACUGGAGUAAAAAAGAUCAGAUUGUAUGGUAUCUUGGUGGAUGAUGAUAUUUCACCAUUAUUUAACUUGACACAACUUACUGCAUUAGGACUUUCGGAGUGUUCCUAUCCAAAGUAUGUAGCGAUGAUCAACAAUCAAAAUACAAAAUUAAAAAAGCUUAGAAUAGAAUCACCAGGCUUAAACGAGGAUAUGGAAUACAAUGAUUCUGAAACCAUCCAUCAAGAUUUUAAGUCAAUGGUCGAAACUUUAUCAAAAAAUACAACUAUUAAAAAACUGGAGAUUUUAGAAUUUAAUUAUUUACAAAAAUAUAUAAAUGAGUUAGAAAUUGUUAAUGGUUUUAAAACAAUUUUUACAAGUCCAUUUUUUUCAGUUGAAUCUUUAAAAAUUACUACCAGUUCCCAUUUCCUCAAUGAGGCUAUGAUUCAUAAUAAAACUAUUAAAAAUUUGGAACUAAUAGAGGGUGAUCUCGAUAAUGUAAUCAGAAAUAUUUUGGUGCAUAAUAGAACCAUCAGAAACAUUACCACAAGAUACAAUAGUUCUGAAGAAGAUCUCAAUGCUUUAAAACUAUUAACCCAAGAACCCUACUCAUCCACAAUUGACCUUUACUCCAUCACCUUUUAUGUACAAAGAGACGAAAUACAAAAAUAUAAAAAAAUGUUCAAAUAUCAUCAUUUUCCAGUCAGAGAGUUUAAUAUUAGACCUUAUAACUACACAAUGUAUGGCAGAUCAGUUUCCAGCCAAAUCGUUGUAAAUAAUUCAAUUUUAAAUAUCAUACAACAGAAAGGUUUUAAGCCACCAAAAAUUUCUGAUGAAUUUAGAAAUUGUUUUUUAAAUAAUAAAUAA